GCUGAACUGUUGACUUUUCUUGCCACUGUUUUUUUUUUUUUCUUCAAGUACCUACUUCAUUUUUAUUUGCUUCGUUUUUCUGUCAUUUACUCUUUCGACCAUCUACUCGACUCUCAUUUAAUGCAUCAAAAUUUAGUGCAUGCCGUCCAACACCAAUAUUAAUCAUUUACGAUGGCCGAGUCACUAGGUAGAUAUACCAAAUUCACACAAUGCAAAUGUGGUUUGAACAGGACAAUCUGAGCAUCAUUAAUUUAAAACAAGUCAAACAUUUUCAUAAGAAAAUUAAGUAUUUCAAAGUAAGACACAAAAUGUCUUUUCUGAAAACAUUCAACGUUGAAGCUGAAACAACAGAGGGGCAAUGUAUUUGUGUAACUGGUAACUGUAAAGCAUUAGGCAAUUGGGAAGUGAAUUCAGCUGUUAUUCUUUCUAAUUCACAUGUAACGCGUAUUAGAAACAAUAAAACUUACCACGUAUGGUGUGCAUCUAUAAAUUUGCCUUCAGAUAGAGAAAUUGUUUAUCGUUACUUUAAUGCAUAUGUUUUUAAAUCUGAUGAAGACUAUGGGCAUAAAAGACAUAUGUUUGUUAAUUCCUGGGAAUCACAUUAUGAACCUAGAGUUGUAAAAUCUAUUGAUGAGAGUAAAAUGUCAAGCAGUGAUAAUAAAUCCCAAUGUGAUAUUUAUGGUUUGUCUUUAUCUGAUAAGCAACAAAUUAGCAAAGGAUUUUUAACUACCGAAAGUGCUAUACAAUUUAAGUUGUAUGAUAAUCCAAUUGAAUUUUGGAAUUCUAAAUUACACAACAAUAAAGAUAAGAUUAGUGUAAAAAUGACACCAAUACGUUUAUCUAAACAAUCACAGCACUCUGGAGAUACUUCUGAUUUUUCAAUUGAUGAAUUGAGUUCACAAGGAUUUGAUGAUGUUGAAAAACAUAGCGGAUGGCCAUUUGUAGAAUGUGUAAGUAUUCCUGAUGAUAAAUGUUAUCAGCUUCAAAAUCAGUUUGGUAUUUUAAUCAAAAAGAAUACCUUUCAUAUAAUUCAAACCAAAAUUUUUAAUAUAGAUCAAUUUGGAUACCUUUUUGAUAUCUAUCUUCAUAAAGGAACUUCCGAAGAACCUCCCUAUCAUGUUGGAUUCACUCACAUUCUGCCUAGCAGUAUGAAGUAUAGUGAUGGAAUAAUAAUGUCUCCUAUAACCAGUGUUCGUCACAAGCCAAUAGGAGAACUUAAAAUUGAGUAUUUGAUUAUAAAACCAGCCAAGGAUAUUCACUGCAAUUUCGAUAAAAUACCCGAUUGGGAUAGUCCUUAUAUACCAUUGGAUAUUGGUCACAGGGGAUCAGGAUCGACAUUUCGACAUCUUGUUUCAGAUUGUUCUCAUGUUCGUGAAAAUACAAUAGCUUCAUUAAACAAAGCUGCAACAAAUGGAGCUGAUUUUGUUGAAUGCGAUGUUCAACUUACAAAAGAUUUAGUACCCAUUAUUUACCAUGACUUUGAAGUAUCAAUGGCAAUUAAAUCAAAAACUGAUAUUUGUAACGAAACCAUUGAAAUGAUUCAAAUUCCACUAAAAAGUUUUUACUAUGCGCAGUUACAAAAAUUAAAGAUUUAUCAUAAUAAAGAGCCUUAUAGUCUAUCUGAAGACCAUUUCUUAAAUGAUCCAAGAAGUGAAUAUCAACCUUUUCCGAAACUCGAAAGAGUUUUUAAAGAUCUACAUAUUAAUACAGGAAUAAAUAUUGAAUUGAAAUGGACAAUGAAAUUACAGGAUGGAACUUUUGAACUUGAUAAUCCAUUUGAUAUGAAUUUAUUUGUGGAUACUAUACUUCGAACUGUAUUUGAAUUUGCAGAAUCGAGGUCUAUUGUGUUUUCUUGUUUUCAUCCUGAUGUUUGCACAAUGCUUAAAAUGAAGCAAAGUCGGUAUCCUGUACUAUUUUUAACUCAAGGGGUCACUUCUCGAUACCCUCCAUUAGCUGAUCCUAGAUGUCAUACUAUACAAAAUGCUGUUCAUCAUUCCACUUGUCAUGGCUUUUUGGGAGUUAAUGUUCACUCAGAAGAUUUGUUACGCGAUCACACUCAAAUAGACCUCGUGAAAAAUGCUGGGCUUGCACUUUUUUGUUGGGGUGAAGAUAAUAACUCCAAAGAAGUUUUGAAAAAAUUUAAAGAACUUGGUGUAAAUGCUGUAAUAUAUGAUAAAUUGGACAGAAAUUAUUUAAUGAAUAAAAAAGAAUCAUGUAUCACAAAAAGACCUGGGAUUUACUUUGUUGCUAGAAAUCAUUGUGAACAGGAUAAAAUACUUUUAUCAAAAGAAGAAUCACUUAAUGAAGAUACACACAUACGUGAAAACAACGAUAAUAAAGAGGAUGAUAAAAGAUAUUUCAUGGAUGUUGAUAAAGCAAUUUUUCAAAAUAAAUGUUCUUCGACAGACUCAUUGUGGAGUGAGGAGUGUACAUCAGUAAAUACUUCUAAGUCACCAUCAAGAAAACAAAAAUAUGUCAAUGAAACUUUGGAAACUGAUGUGCAACAAAAUAUUUCAAAAAAAUCAAAAUAAUUUUAACAAGAAAAAAUUACAAUUUUAUUAAUUUUAAUCCAGAUUUUAAUUAAUUUCUUGAAUUAUGGUUUGCAUUUUAUACUUGAUGAGUAAAAAUUUGACUAUUAUUUA